AUGGGGGCCAGCCAAAAAAGGAAGAAAGAGAAGCAAAAAGACUUCCAGAAACCCAAGCUGAAGGUGGGCAAGGCAAAAGCCAAGCCGGAUAACUUUACAGACACCAGUUUCAAAUCCAAAUCAAUCGUUCUCAACCAGCAAUCCCUCAAACUCAACGCUCCGACCGCAAACGCCCAAUUCACGCACCACCUCUCCCUCCUCUCCUCCAAGUCAGACGCCCAACGACGUGACUCAAUCGCUCACCUCACAACCUCCAUCACCGCGCGCCCCGUCGACUCGCCUCUCCCCCAGCCAGUGAGCAUGAUCCUCCCCGCCGUGCUCCCGCUCAUCCUAGAUGCCAACAGCGGCGUCCGCACCCAACUCCUCAAGCUCCUCCGCUCCCUCCCCGAAUCUGACGUCCAGGACCAUGUCAUCCAACUCCUGCCGUACAUCCGCGCAGGCAUGACCCACCUCGCAGCCGACAUCCGGCUCUCAGCAAUCGAGAUCCUUUCGUGGCUUCUUCACGUCGCGGGGGCGGAAGUUGUUUCCUCUGCGGGCGGCUGGGUUAAAACGCUGAAUUGUUUUCUUUCGCUGUUGGGAUGGCACACGGAAGCUUCCUCAAAGUGGACGUCUAUAUCUUCGGCUUCGGCUUCGGCUACGACGAAGACGUCGACCAAUCGGUCAACGUUUGGGAAGGCCGGUGCGGCGGGGAGGCCACAGGUCAAGGUUCUUGCUGUUCUUGCAGAGUUUUUACAAGCUGGGUUUGGAUUUCAGGAGGCUGACUCCGAGGGUGACGAGGUUGCUGCUGCGGGGGGUCCAUUUCCGAUUGUGCAGGUGCAAGCACAGAUGAUUCCGCGGACUGCAGCGCCGUACCUCUAUUUGAAUCUGUUUGGGCAGCCGCGUGACGAGGAGGGGGAGAUGUAUGAGACGCGCGAGGACCGGUACCGGGUGUUCGAAAGCCGGUUCUUGGCUGCGGUGGAGAAGGGGGUUGAAGGGGCGAGGCAAGAGGGUGGGGAGGUGGGAAGGGCUUCUGCAGGCGUCAGAAGAGCAUUGGCGGAGGGGAGGACUUAG